UCAAAACCUAACCCUAAUAUCCCUGUCAGCACCACCGCUCUGAGAGAGGCUUCACCCGCCGAGACCGCCGUUUCGAAAGCGACAGAACACCUAGACAUAAGCGAUCUACACUACAUACAGUAUAUACGACGCUGCACACAGAACAACUCUCCAGCCACUCUCGCCGCCUCAACAGUGAAAAUCAGAAAACGAACAGGCCGUCCCCCAACGAAGACAUGUACCCUGGACAAUAUGGGACGAACGGGCAGCAGCCCCGUCCCUCACCCUACGGCCCUCCCCAAAAUCCUCCCUACCCUCCUCCCCAACAACAGCAGCAAGCCGGCUUCCCAACCCCCUACCCACCCCAGCACCAGCAGCAGUCCUACCCGCCACCGGGACCUCCACCUCCCUACCAGCAGCAGCAACAACAGGGCUUCCCUCCAACCCAGCAACAACAAUACCAACCAUACCAGCCGCCGCAAAACCAAUAUGGGGCCCCUGCUGGACCGCCCCCGCAAACACUCGUAAACGCCGCCCCGCCGCCGAAUUACCCGCCGCCACACCAACCUCCACCACAUCAGCCGGCUAACUAUCAGUCUGUCCCGACACAUCCGCCGCCAAAUCCGCCCGCGGGAUGGCCACAGCAGCAGCCGCAUUGGCAGGGACCGCCACAGCAGUAUAUGCAGCAGACCGCACCAUACCUUUCAAACUGUUCUGGCAACAAAAAGGCGUUGCUUGUCGGCGUCAACUACUUCAAUACUCGAUCCGAGCUGAAAGGAUGCAUAAACGACGUCCGAAACAUGAAAAACUUCCUCUGCACCCAGUUUGGGUUCCGCGACGACCCGCAACACAUGCUCUGUCUCACCGACGACAACACCAACUGGCACCUGCAACCCGCGCGGCAGAACAUCCUGCAGGCAAUGCAGUGGCUGGUCUCGGGUGCGAAAGCGGGUGAUUCAUUGUUUUUUCAUUUCAGUGGACACGGGUCGCAGCAGGCAGACAAGGACGGCGAUGAAAGCGACGGAACGGACGAGACGAUAUGUCCCGUCGACUACGACAAGGCCGGGAUGAUCACCGACGACACAAUGAACCAAAUUCUCGUCCGCCCGCUCCCCCCCGGCGUCCGCCUCACCUGCCUCUUCGACUGCUGCCACUCCGGCUCCUCCCUCGACCUCCCCUUCACCUACCUCCCCGACGGCCGCCUCAAAACCAAAACAGCCGCAACCCGUCUCGGCGGCGCAGCCAUGUCCGUCGGCAAAGGCUUCCUCAAGGGCGGCGUCCUCGGCGCCGGAAUGUCCCUCUUCGCCGCCGGCAAAACCCUCACAUCCUCCGGCGCCUCCCACGAGCAGUUGGUCCAACAGAAGGGAAAUAUGUUUGCCGAUGUGGUUAUGUUGUCCGGAUGUAAGGAUAAACAGACGAGUGCGGAUGCGAGGAUCGAGGGACAGGAUACGGGCGCGAUGACGUAUGGGUUUGUCAAAGCGCUGAGCAUGUACCAUGCGCCGUCCUAUGGGCAGCUGUUGGGCGAGAUCAGGAACUUGUUGGCGGGGAAGUACACGCAGAGGCCGCAGUUGUCGAGUGGGAGAGCAAUGGAUAUGAACCAGAUUUUUAUCAUGUAAAUUGGACGGCCAGCCCCCCACCUGUUGGCCUCGACGAGCCGUCCCACGCACUGUACAUAUGCCCCCACAUCCAAUCAAUCUCAAUAUAAGAGCAAUCCGAAUGCGGAUCCCGCUUUCAAACCUACACAUGCGCUGUUCUCGCUAUUGAGGUGCGGUGGAAAUGAGAGCUCCAAGCUAAUUGGCGUUUGUUUCUCUAUGGAAUACGUAUAUACGUGUAUUCAUGGGGUGCAGGGGGGCCUAUCUAAUGCUGAGGGGGCGUUGUUGCUUUACGAGAUUCCGUCGGACUGCGCAGACUCCUCCGCACUGCGACGUCGUCCGUCUCAGCCACAGACAGACAGACAGACAGACAGACAGCACAACCCCUCAGCAGCAGCGUCAUCAC